UUUCGGCCAAGGCACGGGCCGGAUCUGGCUGGACACGCUGAGAUGUACCGGGACCGAGGAGCGUCUGACGGACUGUGAGCGCGGAGACUGGGGAGACGUGCCACUCUGCGCGCACAUUCACGACUCGGGGGUAAUCUGCAAGACAAGACCGGGGGAUCCAAUGACAAUGUCUGACCUGCGUCUGGUGGGCGGCAGCGGUCCCCACGAGGGCCGAGUGGAGGUGUUCCAUGCCGGGGAGUGGGGGACGGUGUGCCACUCGGGCUGGAGCCUGGAGGACGCCCACGUGGCGUGCCGGCAGCUGGGCUACCCGGAGGCCGUCAGAGAGACUUAUUCCGCCCAUUUCGGCCAAGGCACGGGCCGGAUCUGGCUGGACACCCUGGGAUGUACCGGGACCGAGGAGCGCCUCACAGACUGCAAGCACGGCGGCUGGGGUAGGGUGCCAUGGUGCAGACACAUCCACGACUCUGGUGUCGUCUGCAAGACUGCAGCGGCGGCCAGCCUGGACGAGGAUGAUGAUGACUUGAUAUAACCUGACGGUUAACCGACAAUAGGCGUAACACACCGG